AUGAGCAACAGCCGUCAAAAACAUCGUGCCCCCUUCCGCCCGGUGGAUUCAUUGUCGUCGCCCCAGAAGCCCAGCUUUGCCCCGCAGACGGCAAAAAGCGCUGCUUCAGACGGCAACGACAGCUCGUUUGUGGCAGAUCGCUCUGCGCUUUCGUACUUGGGCGACUCCAGCAGCCUUUUCGAAGGUGACAGCUUAGCCGCCAGUCCGCAGCCACACACAUCGCAACCACGCUCGAAAACCCGCCCAGGCACCCAGUCCACCCAGUCCACCCAGUCCACCCAGUCCACCCAGUCCACCAGAGCACCAUACGCCAUGGUACGCGAGCGAGAGCCGGCGGCGACAGAGCCACGGCGGAACGAGGCGCCCGUGCCAGCGCCCAAGCCUCUACAGCAGCUCAAGGCUCCUACACCACAAUUUGGCGAGACGAGUCCGCUGAGGAACCCGUUGAAGCAGGCCAGGGAGAGCCAAGAGCAUUCGCAUCUGUUCAACAAGCCCAAGCCGGGCCAGCGUCGCCCGGAGCACUUCCAGAUAGCACCACGGCCAACGGCACAAGCCCCGCCCCAAUAUGCUGGACACUCUCCCGCUGCCUCCGACUUCAUGGAAAUACCUGCCUCGCAGUUCCAGCCUCGCCCCGCCCAAGGAGCCCCAGUAUUUGCACCACGGCCUUCCAAUGCUCCAGCACAGACUUCAUACCCUCCCCCUCGGCCCAUGUACUCUACCAUGGGCGCAGCCAGUGGCUUUGAACCUGUAAACGUCGGCGCACAUAAUCCCCUGCAAGCUGCCCGGCAAACAAUCAUCCUGGACGACGAAGAUGAUUUUGACCCGGAUGUAGCGAUCCGCGCAGAGGGUGACCGCUUCGGAGCUCCAGACAUGCACGCCUACGUCGACUCCGGCCAGGCCAGUGAGAACAUCAAGGCUCUGCUGGAAGGCGCAUUUGACGAAGACGAGAACAUCCCGCGAACGCGUCUCCGUAAGAAGAAGAAGCAGCAGGAGGAUGACGCUGGCGCAUCGUUGGCCAACCGACUGGCAGCUCUUGAGGUCAAAGACCAGGAGGAAUCGGCCCAGCCUACAGACGAAGACGAGGAAGAAGACGAUGGCAUCGUUGAAGGGCUCAAGGUCAAACUCUUGCCUCACCAAGUCGACGGUGUUUCCUGGAUGAUCGAGAAAGAGACGGGCAUGCACAACAAGCGUGCAAAGUUACCCAAGGGCGGUAUCUUGGCCGAUGACAUGGGACUAGGAAAGACUGUCCAGUCCAUUGCCCUAAUUCUGUCCAAUGCCCGACCAGAAAAAGGCGUGGAGCCAGAAAACAAAAAGAACAGGAUAUCCGACUCUACCAGUAAGGGGACCCUAGUGAUUGCUCCCUUGGCACUGAUCAAGCAGUGGGAGGCCGAAAUCAACACCAAGGUCACCAAGUCGCAUGCACUCAAGGUCCUUGUUCACCACGGCCCAAGUCGUACCAAGUCGGCGGACAAGCUCAAACAAUAUGACGUCGUCAUCACAACCUACCAGGUCCUUGCCUCUGAGCAUGCGAGCUGUGGGGAUGGUCCAGAUGGCCUUAAGAAAGGCUGUUUCGCUGUCAACUGGUAUCGAACGAUGCUAGACGAGGCGCAUACCAUCAAAAAUCGCAACGCAAAAAUGACCAAGGCCUGCUACGAGAUCCGCUCGCACUACCGCUGGUGUCUAACAGGCACGCCGAUGCAAAACAACCUUGAUGAGCUGCAGAGUUUGAUCAGAUUUCUGCGUAUCCAGCCUUACUGUGACAUGUCUAACUGGAAGGACUCCAUUUCCGGGCCAAUGAAAAACGGUCGUGGUAACCUUGCUAUGCGACGACUCCAGAUCUUCCUCAAGGCCUUCAUGAAGCGGCGCACCAAAGAAGUCCUGAAGAAAGAAGGUGCACUCAACUUCGGUGGCAAGCCCAAGGACGGAGAUGAGAAGCCUGCCUUCCAGAUUGUAGCGCGAAAUGUCGAGACAGUCAUAGGAGAGUUCACGGCAAAAGAACGCGCCUUCUACGACCGCCUAUCUGAUCGCGCACAGUCGCGCCUCGACGAAAUGAUGGGCGGUGCCAAACAGGAUUAUAUUGGAGCCUUGGUACUGCUAUUACGUUUACGACAAGCAUGCAAUCACCCCAAUCUCACCAAGGCCAAUGUCAAGGAUGACAAGGAUGCUCUGACUACGGGAUCGAAGUCUAGUGCACAAGCAACUCUUCAGACACCUCGCAAGGCUGCUCCCGACGAUGCCGAUGACCUUGCAGACCUACUUGGCGGUCUCACCGUGCAGACGAAGCGGUGCGAUAUUUGCCAAAUUGGUCUCACUUUGGACAACGCUGAUGCUGGCGCGCUGCGGUGCCUUGAGUGCGAGAACGAUCUCAACACCUCGACGAGGAAGUUAAAGAAGCACAAGAAGACGCAUCGAAAACACAAGGAUAAAGGUCACAAGGUCAAGAAGCAGGCUGCGGAAUCAGAGGACGAAGAUGAAGAAGACGAGGUCAAAUCCAAAGUUGCCAAGUCAUCCCGGCAACGUCGUGUCAUUGUUGACAGCGAUGACGAGGAUGAGGCUGGGGGCGAAUGGCUUGUACCAGAAGACCAGCAACAAGCUGAGAACCUUGGGAAAGCCGGUGGCACAGAUGAUGAAAACGCUGAGGGCGGGGGUGAUACCCUAGCCUCUGUCGAUUCAGAGGCUUCCGAUAGCGAUGAUGAGAGCAAGAGCAAGCUUGACUCAUUCAUCGUGCACGACACCGAUAGCGAGGAUGAAGCACCUGUCGCGCGCAAGAAAUCAACAAAGAAGCCGCAGCGUGUUACUAGUCUCGAAUCAGAUGAUGAUGAUAACUCUUCAGAGUCCGAGUCAGACUCUGAGGCAAGUUCUGCAGAAGACUCUGACACUGAAGCGUCUGAUCCAGAGUACGAUGCGUCAGAUCUUACGCCUUCUACCAAGAUUCGCCAGCUUCUUUCAAUCCUCGAAAAGGAGACGCCAGACCACAAAGUCAUUGUCUUUUCACAGUUCACUUCUAUGCUUGAUCUGAUCGAGCCCUUUCUCAGACGCCAAGGCUACAACUUUACUCGCUACGACGGCAGCAUGCGUAAUGAUCUACGCGAGGCUAGUUUGCACAAGCUGCGCGAAGACAAACGCACACGUGUUUUACUCUGUAGUCUCAAGUGUGGUAGCUUGGGUCUGAACCUGACAGCCGCAAGUCGUGUGGUCAUCAUGGAACCCUUCUGGAAUCCUUUCGUCGAAGAACAAGCCAUCGAUCGUGUCCACCGUCUCAAUCAGACUGUCGACGUCACCGUGUACCGUCUUUCUAUUCACAAUUCCGUCGAAGAGCGCAUUCUCGAGCUUCAAGAAGCCAAGCGUAAGCUAGCUAAUGCUGCGCUCGAGGGCGGCAAGGCGAUUGGAAAAUUGAGCAUGAAGGACAUUCUGGCGCUGUUCAAGCGUGAGGCCGAGUACGAGCCAGGUAGCGUAGAUGAAGUUGAUGAUCAGGGCAUGUACGGGCGCACGAGGGUGUUGGAGAACGGCGCUGAAAAGAGCACCGACACGACUGCGCCACGUCCGCCACGCAAGGCAGGAAGUUUGGGCUUCCGGAAGGAGGACAGUGUUUAUGGAAGACGUUGA